AUGCAUACAAUUACCAGACCAUUUCCUAGACUAGAAAAACCUAUAAUACACCAAAAUAACGAGGAAGUUUUAAUCACACUUUGUACCCUAACAUCCGCAACCUUCGACAAAUUAUUCAAACCCCGAAAAGCCCACAAGAAAUUCAUCAACCCUCUCAUAGAUGUCGCACUCAAAGGCGUCACCAUCUUGGAUCCUUUCCUCGACGACUUUGACGACGAUCACGAUGAAGAAUACAUACACAAACAUCGAAAAAAACAUAUCGGAGGGCACAAAAGACCUACGGUAAUAUAUGUUCACAGAGACCAUCCGGAUCAUCAUCAUCACCAUGAGGAUCAUCAUGAAAUCCAUGAAAUACAUCACGGACAUCACCAUCAUCACGACGGACAUCAUCAUCACGAUGAUGCCCAUCAUCAUGGGCAUGAUCACCAUGAUCAUCACCAUCAUGAUCAUCAUCAUGACGAUCCCCAUCACCAUGAUCACCAUGUUCAUCAUCACCACGAUGCUCAUCAUCAUGAGCAUCAUCACCACGAUCCUCACCACCACGAUCAUCAUCAUCAUGAUGACCACCAUCAUGACCAUCAUCAUCAUGACGAUCACCAUCACGGUCACCAUCAUCAUGACGAUCACCAUCAUAAUCAUCACCACCAUGAUGAACAUCAUCAUGAUCAUGAUCAUCAUGACGAUCACCAUCACAGUCACCAUUAUCAUGACGAUCACCAUCAUGAUCAUCAUCAUCACGAUUCUCACCAUCACGGUCAUCAUCAUCUCGAUGAUCACCAUCACGGUCAUCAUCAUCUCGGUGAUCACCAUCACGGACAUCAUCACCACCAUCAUGGACAUCAUCAUCCUCACCAUCACGGACUUCAUCAUCAUCACGGACAUCAUCUUCAUCACGAUCUUCAUCAUCACGGACAUCAUCUUCAUCACGAUCUUCAUCAUCACGGGCAUCAUAUACAUCACCUCCACGAACCGCAUCAUCACGGGCAUCACGUACAUCACCUUCACGAGUCUCAUCAUCACGGGCAUCACAUACAUCACCUUCACGAGCCUCCUCACCACGAAGUGCUUCACCAUCAUCAUCUUACCGAAGUACAUCCAGUUGUUCAUCAUGAAGAUCAUAUUGAGACUGUUCAUCAUCACGAAUCUUUGGGCUUGGUGCAUCAUGACCCUGUUCAUCAUGAAACUGUGCAUGAUGCCGGUCAUUUGCAUCAUUCAAUUGAACUGUUCACUCCUGCUGAAUCUCAUGGGCAUAUUGGAGAGAUUGGAGGUUUGGAGGUAGGCAGCGGAAUUGGGGUAUUGAGUGGAGGGCUUCAUACUUUACGUUAA